AUGACCACCGACAUCGCCACCGGCCGGAUUGGAAACCUGUCGAAAGAGCAGGAAUUGAAGAUCAAGCAAGUAUGGGCCCAUAUGUUGACGCAUUGGGGGGUUCCAGUUGACACUAAAAACGUGUUUCAAUCGAGAAGUAAUAGAGGAGGGGAGUCAAAGUCCGAUGCGGAUUCGAAUAAGAACUCAAAGAAAGGCGGUAAACUUUUCGGGAAAUUUCUCAAAGGUAGUGGAGGGUCUUCGAAAUCUGGCACAAGCGAUCAACGAGACAGAAGCGGGUCUCUAGGCGCGAAACAAACAACAGAAGAGCUGGAAACCUUGUUCUCAGGGCUGGAACCAAGCGAAGUGCGUGAAAAUUUCUGGGAUAUGCUCAGAACCGAUUAUCCAGACAACCUGUUGUUGCGGUUUUUAAGAGCCAGAAAAUGGGACACUCACAAAGCUAUGUCGAUGAUAGCUCACACACUGCGUUGGAGACUGAAGGAGGCUAAGCCAGAUGAAGUUAUUAUGGGCGGUGAACUCGCCGCUUACAAGAAAAACGAGAAAGGUUAUAUCAAGAAUAUCGAACUUUCUAAAGCCACUAUCCGAGGUUUCGACAAUAAGGGUCGCCCCAUUGUGUACGUUCGGCCUCGACUACACCAUUCGAGCGACCAGACGGAAGACGAAAUGAAAGAAUACUGUCUUUUGAUCAUCGAGCAAACGCGAUUGUUUUUGAAAGAACCUGUGGAUUGUGCUACGAUUCUUUUCGACUUAACCGACUUUUCAAUGGCUAACAUGGACUAUUCGCCCGUGCAGUAUCUAAUUUCCUGUUUUGAGGCCCAUUAUCCCGAAUGUCUGGGCCAUUUGUUUAUCCACAAGGCACCUUGGAUUUUCCCACCGAUUUGGAACAUUAUCAAAAACUGGCUUGACCCCGUUGUCGCAUCAAAAAUUGUCUUCACAAAGAACACUAGCGAUCUAGUUAAAUACAUCCCCGAGAAGCAUAUCCCAGCUUCUCUUGGAGGUGAUGACAAGUACGAUUUUGACUCAUUUAAAAAGCCUGACGAAUCUGUUGAUGCCAAACUUCAAGAUCAUGAGACGCGCAACGCAAUCCAAGAGAAGCGUUCUGCUAUCAUUAAAAGCUAUAUUGAUACAACAGUUGCCUGGAUCGAAUCUACCGCGGAGAAAGAAUCGUCCGAACUUCUACAACGCAAAAUUGAAUUGAGCAAACAAUUGAGUGACAACUUUAGAAAACUAGAUCCUUACAUUAGGUCGCGCUCAGUUUACGAUAUCAACGGUACGCUCGAAUUAUAG